AUGGAAAUUCAAGCAUUGCUCAAUGAAUAUUUGAAAGUAGAAACAAUAGAGGAGGCAUUCUUAAGCGUUAUUGUUUAUCAUCCAAAUGGUGAAACGGAUAAGGCUACCAAAUUCACAAAUGAUAUAGUUAAUGCCUUUGCAAAUAUUCCCCCGGACAAUAAGGAAAAUGUGGUUAGGCAAUAUUUACAGACUGCGGCCACCGUUACAAAUGCCAAUCACCUAAAAGUUUUGAUGUCAACACUGGGAAAAUUAACGGAAUCACAUUUAAUAACGGCUAAAUUACUUUGUGAUAAAAUCCUUCUUUGUGACCUACUAACAUACGAAAAUAAAUUGUUUUGGAUGGAAAGUUUCCAUUGGAUUAAGAAGGUGAUAAAUCAUGUCGACUACAAGGGGGUGCGUGAAAUAAUGAAAUAUUGCCGCGAAAAAGCUGAAACAUUUCCUCUAAAUGUCAAUGUAACAUAUCUACCACAACUAUUGGUUUUGGAAGAAACCAUACGUUAUAUAUCGGAUCGAAACAAUUGCCUACUACCAGCCUAUUUUAUAGCAAAUGAAUUUAUGAAACCAUUUCCCUAUCACUGGAAACUUAACACUUUGAUGACAGAUUAUGUCGAAGAAUUUCGCAUGACUGCCCAGAUGGUCUCGGUCAUCGGUCAUGUUCAUAUGUUGCCCAUUGUUGAACAUUUUGGUUAUGCUGAUCAUAUGAUGAAUUCAUGGAAAUUAGAUCAAAAUACAUUGAAAUUUAAUUUAAAAGGUAUUUUACCGUAUGAUUUGGAAUUAAUGGAAGAACAGCCACAGCUACUGCGUUAUGUCUUGGGUCAAAGUUAUUCCAAGGAAAUGGUUUCGUCAAUGUUGAAUUUACAAAAACAGCAAAAACAUCGUUGUAACACAUUGGAAGAUCAAUUGGUUAAUUUAAUUAUUAAUGCCAUGGAAAUGACUGAAUCGAAUGAAAAUACUGCUGGCAGUGGUUUCAAUUCCCCCGAAGAGCAAAUAUCCCAUAAUGAAUGGAUUUGGUUGCAUUUAUCCUCACAGCUUAUUUAUUUUGUGCUCUUUCAAUUUGUUAGUUUUAUGCAAAUUGUGUUGGCGCUGUAUGAUAAGUUAUCCAAAAAGGAGUUACGCAAGGGUCGGGAUAAUUUAAUGUGGAUAUUAUUACAGUUUAUAUCCGGCAGUAUACAAAAGAACCCGAUUGUCAACUUCUUCCCCAUGUUCAAAUUGUUUGAUUUAUUGUAUCCCGAGCAGGAACCCUUAAAGUUGCCGGAUUGUAAUAAAUCUUCUUCUUUGAGACAGAUGGCACCAAUUUGCAUUUGGAUACAUUUAAUGAAAAAAGCCAGAGCAUCAAAUAUGAAUAUUUCUCGCCCCUUGCCGAUAGCAUUAAAAAAUCAUUAUGAAUUUUUACAACACUUGGUUAUGCCAAAUACCAUGAUGUCUAUGAAUUUGGGUAAUGAUUUUCGCAUUGUUUUAGUGUGUAAUGCCUAUUCCACCAAUCAGGAAUAUUUCACACGACCAAUGAGUGUAUUGGUGGAUUCAUUAAAUGGUAAUGCCAAAACAGCAACAGGUGCUCCUGUGCUACCGGUACCAUUUUCUAUGGUUGUAUUGGAUAGCUUAACAGUCCACAGUAAAAUGUCUCUUAUUCAUGGUUUUGUAUCUCAGAUGAUAAAACAUGCCCAAAGUAAAACCUCUGUACCCACACCGGCUUUAAUUGAAACAUAUGCUCGCCUUUUGGUCUAUACUGAAAUUGAAUCGUUGGGCAUUAAAGGAUUUUUGUUGCAAUUAUUACCCGCCGUAUUUAAACAUCAAGCCUGGGGUAUUCUGCAUACCCUCUUGGAAAUGUUUUCCUAUAGACUGCAUCACGUACCCACCCAUUAUAGAGUACAGUUGUUAUCACAUCUGCACAAUUUGGCACCCUUGCCACAAACAAAUAAAAUGCAAUUAAAUAUAUGUUUUGAAUCCACCGCCCUCCGUUUAAUAAAUGGUUUGGGUUCCGUUGAAUUUCAACCACAACUUGCUCUGUAUUUUAAUGAGAAAUCGCCUGGUUCAGUGGCCUCUACCGAAAGUGAGGAACUUAAUCGCGUUUUGAUUUUGUCAUUAGCUCGAGCAAUGUAUAUCACCGGUUCUGGCGAAGAAAUGCCACCAUGGUGUAAAGACCUAUUAACAACAAUUAUGCAAAAUACACCACAUUCCUGGGCCUCACAUUCAUUGGCCUGUUUUCCACCCGUCUUGGUGGAAUUCUUCUCUCAGAACAGUCAUCCGGUGGAAAAUAAACAAUUAUUGAAGAAAUCUAUUGAAGAAGAAUAUCGCACCUGGACAUCGAUGAGCAAUGAAAAUGAUAUUAUCAAUCAUUUUAUAAAACCGAAUACAAGUCCUUUGUUUUUGUGUUUGCUCUACAAAAUGAUAUGGGAAACGGAAAGUAUAAGUCCAGUCGCCUACAAAAUCCUUGAAGGCAUUAGUGCUCGAGCCUUGUUGGUAAAUUUACGCAAACUUUGUGACUAUUUGGUUAGUGAAGUGGUCUCCUAUAAUGGCAAAGAGUUUAUACACAAAAGUGUCGAUUCAAUUAAUAACAUGAUAUGGAAAUAUAAUGUGGUAACCAUAGAUCGUGUUGUCCUGUGUCUACUCAUACGCACUCUCGAAGGCAAUGAGGCCCAAGUUUGUUUCCUCAUAAUACAACUGUUGCUGUUGAAAUCGAAUGAAAUGCGUAAUCGUGUUUCCGAAUUUUGUAAAGAAAAUCCAGAUCAUUGGAAACAGAAUAAUUGGCACGAAAAACAUUUAUCAUUCCAUCAGAAAUUUCCUGAAAAAUUUGCUCUGGAUGAGUCUGCUUCACAUCCACCUUUGCCGGUGUAUUUCUCAAAUGUUUGCUUACGUUUCUUACCUGUGCUGGAUGUUUUAAUUCAUCGUUUUAUAGAAUUGCCCAUUCAACAUGUUCAUCAAAUUUUAGAAGUGAUCCUAGAUCAUUUAAGUAUUUUAUACAAAUUUCACGAUCGUCCUAUAACAUACUUGUACAAUACCCUGCAUUUCUUUGAGCGUAUUUUAAGGGAACGCCCGUCCCUGAAAAAGAAAUUGGUAAGUUCGUUGACGGGUGCAUUUGCCGAUAUACGUCCAGCCAAUUGGUGUGUUAGUGAACCGUACAAACUUUAUUUACAAAGUCCAGAUUUUCUAUGGAAUCCAGAAUUAUCAUAUUAUAUUAAGCUGAUACAACGCUUGACAGAUACCAUAAGCGGUAAAAAUGUCUUCUACAAUACAGAUUGGCGUUUCAAUGAAUUUUCGAAUGCCCCGUCGCAUGCAAUGUAUGUAACCUGUGUUGAACUAUUAAGUUUACCGGUGGCCCCGCAAAUUGUGGCCAAUAAUAUCAUAGAUGUUAUUGUAAAAGGCUAUGCCUUGAUACCACAAAAAGAAAUUCAUGCCUAUUUGAAUUCGGUUGGCAUUGUUUUGGCUGAAUUGCCUGAGGCAUAUUGGAGUCAGAUCUAUGAAAGGUUGCUGGAGGCCUUAAAUUCUCCAAAAAUGUUGAGAUGGUCAUAUCGUUUCAAUGCAUUCGAAAUGUUCAACUUUAAAAUGGUGCGUGAGGCCAUGAUAGAAAAAACCUAUGCGGUUAUUUUGGCUGUGGCCCAUUCGGUUUUCCAUCACAUGGGUGGUUUUAAAUUGGCCACCAUGACUAGAUACAUUAAGGAAAAACUGAAACCCUGUGUACGCACCGAACAUCAAUUGAUAUUCUUGUGUCAUGUUUUUGGUCCAUUUCUGCAACGUCUCGAACAGGAGAAACUCAAUGGCGUAGCUGGCAUAGCCAUUCUACUCUAUGAAAUGUUGGAAGUUGUCGACAAACAACACGGCCCUGCACCUCUGGAAUAUCUUGAUCCCAUAUGCGACUUUUUGUAUUACAUUAAAUACAUCCAUGUUGGCAAUAUAAUCAAAAAUGAAUCCGAGGCAAUCAUCAAGCGUUUGAGGCCAGCUUUACAAAUGCGUUUGCGUUUCAUAAGUCAUUUGAAUAUCGAUGAUAAACAUGUGGACAAUAAGCCUCCAGAAAAUAUUCAACAACAACAGCAGCAGCAGCAACAAAAUCCACAACAACAACAACAAAUGCAAAAUGUCAGUAAUCUGAAUACACAAAUGGCCCAACAGCAGCAGCAACAGCAAACAGGCCAACAAGCUACAAAUUUUGUGCCCAAUACAAUGCAACAGAAUUUUGGAAAUAUGACCAAUCAACAGCAGCAGCAACAACAGCUCCAGCAGCAGCAAGGGCCAAUGCAAAAUAUGGUUAAUAAUCCCUCACAGCAACAAGGUAAUCAGAAUGUCCCUCAGAUGGCCGGAAUGGCUGGACAACAACAACAGCAAGCGCAACAUUUGAUGCAACAACAACAGCAGCAACAAGGUGGCCCAAUGCGCCAUUAA